UGAGCAGGUAGCCGACCAUUCUUUUUCUUAUAUAUAUAUAAAUAUUUAUAUAUUCCCCUUUGGCUUUGGCAAGCAAAACGACACAAAUAUUCGAUCGUUUCCAGAAGUGAAAUCUAAUCCUUCCUCUUCUCCAGGAUUCUUUACGUAUCUCCUUCACCUUCAGGCUUCAGUUAUUGCCUUAAGAAGUCUGUGAUGGGUUGGGGAAGCAUCUACAGAAGACGCAUUAAAGUUUUCACUGUGGCUUUUAUAAUAUACUUUGAUUACAAGGCCUUACAACGAAGAGAGAAAUGGAUCAGCAAAUCUAAGAGAGCUGCUUUGUGGGAUAGAGCUCAUGAGCGGAAUGCUAAACGUGUCCUGAAUUUGAUAGUAGAGUUGGAAGGUUUGUGGGUGAAGCUUGGACAGUAUUUGUCAACACGUGCUGAUGUGCUUCCUGGGGCUUACAUUGCUCUUCUCAGGCAGUUGCAAGACUCUCUCCCGCCACGUCCUGUCAAAGAGGCUUGUAGGACCAUAGAGAAAGAGUUAGGGAAACCAAUGGAUGAUUUAUUCUCAGAGUUUGUGAAAAUUCCUUUGGCAACUGCAUCGAUAGCACAAGUGCAUCGUGCAACUUUGCUUGAUGGCAAGGAGGUUGUUGUUAAAGUGCAACAUGAGGGCAUCAAAGCAAUUAUAUUAGAGGACUUAAAGAAUGCCAAGGCAAUAGUUGACUGGAUAGCAUGGGCAGAACCUCAGUAUGACUUUAAUCCUAUGAUUGAUGAAUGGUGCAAAGAAGCUCCCAAAGAACUUGACUUCAAUCAUGAAGCUGAAAAUACUAAAACCGUGUCUAAGAAUCUUUGCGGCAAAACAAAAUGUAACGACAGCAUGAAUGCAGAUGGCGUGAAUGUUUUAAUUCCAGAGGUUAUUCAGUCAACAGAAAAAGUCCUAAUUUUAGAGUACAUGGAUGGCAUUCGUUUAAACGACUCAGAGUCGCUGGAAGCUUUUGGGAUUAACAAACAAGAGAUCGUUGAAGAAAUCACCCGUGCUUAUGCCCAUCAAAUCUAUAUUGAUGGUUUCUUUAAUGGUGACCCACAUCCUGGAAAUUUUCUUGUCAGCAAGGAACCACCACAUCGUCCAAUUUUGCUUGAUUUCGGGCUUACAAAAAAGCUGUCUAGUUCUUUCAAACAAGCACUGGCUAAGAUGUUUUUGGCAUCUGCAGAGGGUGAUCAUGUGGCCCUUUUGUCCGCGUUUGCAGAAAUGGGGCUUAAGUUACGCCUUGACUUGCCAGAGCAAGCAAUGGAGCUUAUAACUGUAUUCUUUCGUGCAACAACAUCAGCAAAUGAGUCUCUUGAAAGCAUGAAAUCUUUGGCUGAACAAAGAAACAAAAACAUGAAGGCUUUACAGGAAAAGGCAAAUCUUAAUGAUAAAGAGGUUAAACGUUUCAAUCCUAUUGAUGCUUUUCCUGGUGAUAUUGUAAUAUAUUCACGGGUCCUUAAUCUUCUCAGAGGGCUUUCUGCCAUAAUGAAUGUACGCAUAGUAUAUCUUGAUAUCAUGAGGCCAUUUGCUGAAUAUGCUUUGCAAGGAAACAUUAAUAAGGAACCAAAGGUCAAUGCCCAGUGGGUCUAUGACACACCCAUCCAUUCUGAUUUGGAGGCAAAACUGAGGCAACUCCUAGUGGCGCUAGGUAGUAGUGAUAAAAUUCUUGGAAUCCAGGUAUGUGCUUACAAAGAUGGGAAGGUUAUCAUUGACACUGCUGCUGGACACCUUGGUAAAUAUGAUCCUCGUCCAGUUCAACAAGACAGUCUCUUUCCAGUUUUUUCUGUAACAAAGGGGAUUACUGCUGGAAUGUUGCAUUGGCUAGUUGAUAAUGAUAAAUUGAAGCUUGAGGACAAUGUAGCAAAUAUCUGGCCAGAAUUUCAAUCGAAUGGCAAAGAUCUCAUAAAGGUACACCAUGUGCUUAAUCACACAUCUGGUCUGCACAAUGCCAUGGCAGAUGCUACUAAAGAAAACCCCCUACUGUUUUCUGACUGGAAUGAAUGUCUGAAUCGCAUUGCUAUGGCAGUCCCUGAAACUGAACCUGGCCAGGAGCAGUUGUACCACUAUCUAUCUUUUGGCUGGUUAUGUGGUGGAAUUAUUGAGCAUGCAUCUGGGAGAAAAUUUCAGGAGAUUCUUGAAGAAGCCAUUGUUCAACCCCUUCAGAUCGAAGGAGAACUAUAUAUUGGAAUUCCUCCAGGUGUGGAAUCUCGGCUUGCAGCACUUACAGUAGAUAUAAAUGAUUUAAACAAUCUUUCUGGGUUUAGCAGUCGUACAGACUUGCCAUCAUCAUUUCAACCAGGCAACAUUGCUCAACUUGCAGUCUCAUUUCCGGCCUUAUUCAACAUGCUUCAUACUCGACGAGCUAUCAUACCUGCUGCUAAUGGACAUUGCUCAGCGCGUGCACUUGCAAGGUAUUACGCAGCGUUAGUCGACGAUGGUGUGGUUCCACCUCCACAUUCCUCUUCUUCUAUGCCACCACUUGGUAGCCACCCGCACAUCCCUAAAUUUCCCCCCGUGAAGUCAUCCAAAAAGCAUAAAGCUAGCAGAAAGGAGGUAGCUGCUACUUCAAAGACCAAACACACUGACAACAUGCAAAACCCAAAUUGUAGGAAAGAAGACUCUGAUGGUGGUAACCAUUGUAGAUAUCCUAGUAUUGAUAGUAAUGUGGGGCUUGUUGGUGAAAGUAGCAGUAGCAACCAAAAUGACACAAAUACGACCGACAGUAGUGGAAGAAAGAGUCCUCCAAGUAACAGUAAUAAGAUUUUUAGUAACCCCAGAAUUCAUGAUGCAUUCAUGGGUGUUGGUGUGUAUGGGAAAUUGGCCAAGCCAGAUGGGAAGUUUGGAUUGGGGUUUAAGAGGUACAAUGCAAAGGAUGGUUCGGUUAUCGGGUUUGGGCACUCUGGAAUGGGUGGAUCAACUGGAUAUUGUGAUGUGAAGAAUAGGUUUGCUAUUGCUGUGACCUUGAACAAAAUGUCAUUUGGUGCUGUGACUGCCAGAAUCAUUAAUCUUGUUUGCUCAGAGUUGAAUAUCCCAACGCCAGAGGAUUAUUCAAAGUUAACAGAGAUUGGAUCCGAUACACAACUAAAUUUUGGUACGCCUUUGAUUAAUUGAGAAACUGGACUAUAGUCUUUCUAAUCAUCAUUUUUCCCUUCCUCAUAUCUCAAAAGAAAAAUGAUAAGAUAUUGAGUAAUACACGCAUAAUUUACACACAAACAUGAGACACACCCAUGUGGUAAGUUACUUUAAUAGGUGUGAUCCAUCUUAUAAAGAUAUUGGUUGAAGUUACUUGCCACAUAAGUGUGUAAAGUUUGUGUAUGAAUUAUGUGUGUACAUACCAUUACAUUACUCUAAGAUAAUUACUUGGCCUCUACACUUUAUAGUUUAUGUAUACAAAGUACACACAAAUAUAGACACAUUUGUAUUAUUUUAUGCACACAAGUGAAGUGAACAAUAUUCAAGUCAAUUAAGAAAUCAUAUCCUUGUUUACUA